AUGUCAACAUCACAAACAACGACAACAACAAUAACCGACAAUGUGAUUGAUGAUGCAAGCAAAUCAUCAUCAUCAUCAUCAACAUCAACCUCACAGACUCAGACACAGACAGAUGAAAGUAUUAGUAGUGACGACACACUAGAGAAGUCAUUGUCAACAUGCAUGAAGUUGCUGUCGGCAGACUCUGAUGAAGAGAGAUUCGUCGGUAUAGUGCUCGUGAAGAACUUGAUCAAACCUGAUGAUAUAACGAAUAUGACAAGAGUGUAUAGAUCAUUGGGCUUGGAGUUCUUGCAUCGUCUACUGCAAACACCAUCAUUGCCCAGUGUCGAUUCAGUAUCAUAUCACAACUUGGCCAUUGCCAUCCUAUCGACAUUUACAACAAUGGACACGACACAAUGCUCGCUCAGUGACCUAAACACAACAAUAAUAUACGAUGUAUCUCAACAUACAUUGUUAUCACAGAUAAUAUAUAAUGUAUUGAAGAACGUCAGUCAAUCGGAAGAACUGAGUGAGGCGUUCAUUCAAGAGUCACUUUCAUUCAUAUACUCAUUGCUGUCAUUCGAGAGCAGGCUAAUAGAGUUGUCAAAGACCGCGAGCGACACACCCUCAUCAUCACCAUCAUCGAUCAAUCUAACGAGCAAGCUCGUGCUUCAAGAGGACAACCUUACACACUUGGCAACAAUCAUUCAAAGACUACACAAGGCUACAAACAACUUGACAAAUCUGCAUGUGGACGACAAUGGUCAUGAUGACAAUGCCAUCACGCUACUCUCACUCUUUGAACACUCCAUUCAUACAUUGAACGUCUUGAUCAUCGAUGCACAACAACAAUCAACACAAUCUACAACAUUCAUACCUAUUGUUCAAACGAUUGCUACAAUAUUCAGAGAGAGGAAGGACCAGCAUCGACUGUCUCUCCUCCCAAUACUCGUGGCAAUCUUCCAACUUGAUGGCUUCCCCGCUGUGUACCCGUCGAACCAAUGUCCGGCCCCGGUCACCCAUGCAGCGGCCAACAUCAGAGAAGCGAUCGCGCAGUUGUUCCAAGCAAAGAAACUAAAGGAGGCACAUCGCGAUCAUUCAAUAAUCCUAUUCUCAACGUUGUUUGAUCUGUUUGGUGGACAAUGGCUAUUGACAAAUUCACGCGACACCUUCUCAAGCGAGAAGUUGCUGGUGCUGGCAUGUCAAUACGCUCGAACAGAGAUUCAAAUGAUACUCCUCUCACAGCAGGCCACCGAAGAGAUACCGAGCGACAAGAUCAAUCUGCUGCUCUCAUGCUACUCCAUUCUGGACAAUGUGGUUGCGAUGCUGGUGGCUCAGUUCGACCUUGGCGACGAGGCCAGCCUCACUGCCGACACCCUGCUACAGAUUCGCAAGAUACUGAUAGACUCCAACUUGAUCAUGUUGGAGUACCUCAAGGACGUGGCGGAGGAGUCGCCCUCGACCGAGCCAACACACGUCAUGGUCAUCACGCUGAAGAACGCCGGCCUGUUCCUGGCGGAGGAGGCGGCCGAGUCCAUGAACGAGGUGCUCAAGAACUCGCUGCACAUGAUCAUGAAGUACUUCCUCUCAUUCAAAGAGGACUAUGGCUUCUUCAUCUCCUACCUGCUGCCAGGCAUUGCCAACUACAUUGAUGUAGGCGCCUAUGAGAAGAGUAGCCAGGCCAAAGACUUCUUUAAUAGACAGAAUGGACAUCUAUUGCUGGCACAGUACCUUAUCGACUAUCUACCUACAUUGGUUGUGAUGGCCAUUGAGGACUCGGCGUCCUCGCCAUCAACCUCGUCGACAGCGCCAUCAGAGAACUCAUUGAUCAAUGCAAUGCGUAGCUAUGGCGUCACUGGCGAGAUCGUUGGCAACACUUACCUCCCGCAUGCCUGCUCGAUACUAUACUUCUACCUCAGCUGUUGGGACACGCCAAUCGACAUUAACAACAAGGGAACAUUCAUCGCUCUGUUCAAGGCAAUCACCGAAUCUGUGGAGUUGGUCACAUCCAGCAUCGAUCAAUCAAUUGGCGACCUCAUUGAAGGAUCGCCAAGUAUACCUGGUCAACCUCAUUCUCGUGUCCAUGUCCAUUCUUAA